CUCAUUCCACUUCAAACACAUUGUGAUAAAAAGCAACAAAUAAGCUAUAAUUGACGUCAAUACUAAGAAACAAUGAAAAUCACACCACCAUCAUGUGAUCGCAAUCACCAAUCGAAAACAAACAUGAUAGCUUAUUUCCAAAGAUUUAAGCAAAAAUAGCUUAAUCGCAAUGACUCAUCGCCCCCACCACUAGUUGCCACUUUGUAACAACUACCACUACAACUAACAACAAUGGCUGAAGAAACCCAUCAUCACGACCAUUGCGACCACCACUACCACCCCAGAUUUUUCCGGAUGAUGAGAAAUAAGUCCUGCGAACGCUGCACUGACCAAGACGACUGCAAACCUUCAUGUUCCGGUUAUGAAUGUCCGUCCAGUGGCAAUCCGCCACCAAUGUGUAACCGUCAAGGUCAGCAUGGACCAAACCAUGGCCGCCAAGGACCGUGCAGGUUUGAUGGAUUUGAUGAUCAUGGUUGGCACCAUGAGCGUUUUGGCCACCGCGGUCACUGCGGGCCGUUCGCACAGCAUCAGUAUUUUGGGCACCGCCAUCAUUUUGGACACCAUGGGUCCUUCGAACAUGGGCGCCAUGGGCACCGUGGACACCAAUGUCGCCACCAAGGGGAGAACCCAUCUGCAUGCAUUGACAACUGAAGAAGUUGCUAUUAAAUAUGAAUUAUCUCCCAUGUAAUUGUUUAAUAAUAUAAUUAUGCAAUGGGUGUAAUUUCGUAUGUCAUAUAAAAAUAAAAAUGUGUGUAAUA